AUGUCCGGCCGCGGUAAGAGCGGCGGCAAGGCCCGCGCCAAGGCUAAAUCUCGCUCGUCCCGCGCUGGGCUGCAGUUCCCGGUGGGGCGCGUGCACCGGCUGCUGCGGCGCGGUCAUUACGCGGAGCGCGUUGGCGCGGGCGCCCCGGUGUACCUGGCCGCCGUGCUCGAGUACCUGACGGCGGAGAUCCUGGAGCUGGCUGGGAACGCGGCGCGGGAUAACAAGAAGACGCGCAUUAUCCCGCGGCACCUGCAGCUCGCGGUGCGCAACGACGAAGAGCUCAACAAGCUGCUGGGCGGCGUUACCAUAGCGCAGGGCGGUGUCCUGCCCAACAUCCAGGCCGUGCUGCUGCCCAAGAAGGCGGGCGGUGGUGGAGCCGGGCCGGCCAGGAGCGGCAAGAAGGGUAGCAGCCAGCAAUCGCAGGAAUACUAG